UGGGGAGCACGAACGAUGUGCAACGGCUUCACGUCGUUUCAUGACGGAGCACAAGCAACUAGUCCCGGGAGGUGUCCCGAAUAGCAUGUUCACUGCAGGAAAUCCGAGGACAAACUUUUCGAACGGGUAUGAGGAAGCCUUGAUCCAAGAUCCGAAGGACAUAUCUUUCGCGAAUCAUGGGAGUGCUCGUGCUUGCCUACUUCUCAUUGAUUCUCUGUUCCGCACUUCACUCCUAAAGGAAGGUGGCGUAUUCACUGCAAAGUUGUCAUUUCCUAGCGAUUACCCCUCAGCCCAUUCAACAUGAGAUUUGACCCACCCCCCGAUGAUAUACGAGUUGCCUUCCGAACGUUGGUCU